CUCAUGGCCGGGAAGGUGCUGUCUCUCCUGCCCUUGUUGCUGCUGGCCGUGGCGGGGCUCGUCGGCCUGCUCCUGCUCAGCUUCCGCACCCGCGACGUCCCGGAGCCGCCCGGCCUCAAGUACGGCAUUGUCCUGGAUGCUGGCUCCUCGCACACGUCCCUGUUUGUCUACAAGUGGCCAGCAGACAAGGAGAACGACACUGGUAUCGUGGGCCAGCACAGCUCCUGCGACGUGCGGGGUGGGGGCAUCUCCAGCUAUGCAGACAACCCCUCUGGGGCUGGCCAGAGUCUUGUUGAAUGCCUGGACCAGGCGCUUCGGGAUGUGCCUAAGAACAGACACGCUGGCACACCCCUCUACCUGGGAGCCACCGCAGGCAUGCGGCUGCUCCACCUGACCAAUCCUGAGGCCUCAGCCAGUAUCCUUGUGGCCGUGACACAGACGCUGAGUCGUUAUCCUUUUGACUUCCGGGGUGCCCACAUCCUCUCAGGCCAGGAUGAGGGGGUGUUCGGCUGGGUGACUGUCAACUACCUGCUUGAGAACUUCAUCAAGUACGGCUGGGUGGGCCGGUGGUUCCCACCAAAGAAGGGGACGAUGGGGGCCAUGGACCUGGGGGGUGCCUCCACACAGAUCACCUUCGAGACAGCCAGUCCAGCUGAAGAUCCAGCCAGUGAGGUCCAGCUGUGCCUCUAUGGCCAGCGCUACCGUGUCUACACCCAUAGCUUUCUCUGUUAUGGCCGUGACCAGGUCCUCCAGAGGCUGCUGGCCAGUGUUAUCCAGACCCAAGGCUUUCACCCCUGCUGGCCGAGGGGCUAUGUUGCCAAGGUGCUCCUUCAGGAUGUGUAUGGGUCCCCGUGCACAGCAGCCCAGAGGCCCCAGACCAACAGCAAUGCCAGCAUCAGCGUGUCCGGCAGCGGUGACCCUGCCCUCUGCCAAAACCUCGUGAUGGGCCUCUUCAAUUCCUCUUCCUGCCACUUUUCCCGCUGCUCCUUUGACAACACCUUCCAGCCUCCUGUAGCGGGGAACUUUAUCGCCUUCUCUGCUUUCUUCUACACUGUGAACUUCCUGAGGAUUGUGACAGGGCUGCCCGUGGCAAGCCUGCAGCAGCUGGAGGCAGCCACAGUGACCAUCUGCAGCCAGACCUGGAAUGAGCUGCAGACCCGGGCGCCAGGGGAGGGGUCCCGCCUGGCCGACUACUGCGCAGGGGCCAUGUUCGUGUGGCAGCUGAUGAGCCGCGGCUAUGGCUUUGACGAGCGCGCCUUCGGUCGAGUGACCUUCCAGCAGAAGGCCGGGGACACGGCGAUCGGCUGGGCGCUCGGCUACAUGCUCAAUUUGACCAACAUGAUCCCCGCCGACCCGCCAGGGCUGCGCAAGGGCUCGGAGUUCGGCUCCUGGGUCGUCCUUCUCCUGCUCUUCGCAGCCUUGCUCCUGGCUGCGCUUGUCCUUUUGCUGCGCCAGGUGCGCUCUGUCAAGUAGUUGAGCGCCAACUAGUGGCGGGCCGGGGGUCUGUCCCCAGCCCCUCAAUCUCCGCGCGCCCCUGCCCCUCCACCCCAGCAUAACGCGCCCAGAACAGAGACGGGACUCGGGCUCCCAUACCCACUUUGGGCUCCGGUGGGCGAGAGGAACCCAAUCUUGCUCCCUCCAGGCCCUCCUUUCUCCUCCCCACCCCAGCCUUGGCUUCAUCUCAAGGCAUCUGCUACCUCUCCACUUCCUGGGGUUGGGGGUCUCCAGACCCCCCAACUGUCUGUGGCAGUUCUCAGUCUAUGACUGCUCGCCAGGGAGUGGGGUUUUUAUUCCGACAACCAGGGUCCUCGAUCCCCCUCCAUUCCGUAUUGGAGAAGGGUCAGAGCCCACAGGUUGGGAGCCAGCCCAGCGCCUACUUGUAAGAUUUUGUAAUAAAUUUUUUUUUCCUAGAGCAGUGUAGAGUGUUCAUAGGGUGGGACCUCUUUGCUGGUGCCUGGCCCCCUCCAGCUGUGCUAGUAGGCUUGCUCCUGGUCCCCUCGACCUUGCUAUCCUGUGGACACCUCUCUCCCUCCCUCCUUCCUUCUUGUCUGGGCCCAGACUGGGGCGGUGCUGACCCUCCUCCCCAUCUCUCUUGGCGGCCUGGAGUUGCUGGCCCCAACGGCCGGCCGAAGAAAGGAGUCCUGAAUCCCCCUAGAGUCUUCUCCUGCUGGCCGGCCAAGCUCCCCCGCCCCUCUUCAGACCAGUGACCUAGCUGGGCUUGAGGCGGGCUCCUGGCCUAGAGUUGGCUUGGGGAAC